GUGUGAACACGCCUGAUCACAGUACGAUGUUCAACAACCUGAUUGUUAUGUUGCGUGAGAGAGUUACACCACAAGUUGCUAUCCUCAAGUCCAAAGACUGCCAGAAUGUGAAAAGUAUUCUUAGUAGGACUCUGAGUCAACUACUGGAUAAACAGUACAUAGAUGAUGAUGUGGUUGAUAAUGAAGAUGCGGAACUGAACUCAAAAUCUUUACCUUUGACCCUUGCCACAUUGUCAAAAUGGUACAGAAAUAAAGUAAUGAAAGCCAAAAGUUUGUCAUCACCAAAGAAGCGCAAAUCUACAGACGGAACACCUGUUGCCAUGGCAACGUACCCUCCAGUUGUUGUUGUGAUGGAAGACUUUGAAAACUUUGUACCGAGAGUUUUCAGGGACUUCAUAAAAAUUGCCAGUAAUUACAUCAAUGAAGUGCCAUUAGUUUUCAUAUUUGGGAUAGCUACAUCUGUCUCGGCCAUUCAUCGUCUGCUGCCAAAUGAGGUAUCAUCACUAUUGUGUAUGGAGAAAUUCCAGGCUCCACCAUCAAGUGAAUAUCUCUCUCUGGCUAUAAAUAAGUUUACAAUCUUAUUUUUAACACAGUUUGCAAUGAUGGACCACUAUAUGACUCAGUCUUUGAGUUUUCUAUGCUGUCCAUUAAAUAAUGUGGAGUCUGUGGUGAAGACAAUGGAUAGUGCUGAUGUAGAACAACUUCGUCAUCUUAAAUCAUUUAUGAGGUAUGUAGAGAAAUGUAGUGUUAAAGAACAACCAGAUCUUUUAUUAAAGGACUCAUUUACUAAGGACAGGAUCGUGGAGUUGAUACAUGGUAUACAUGACUAUCAAACAGAUUUCUUUCCCAUUUUGAAAUGUCUACAUACUUUAGUGUGCAAAUUACCAGGUUAUCCCCUUGGCAAACAGGUUAGAGAAGUAUAUUCGGUGACUCUACAGACAAAUGUGUAUGAUACGGAGGACUAUAAACAGGCGAAAGAUUUACUCAAAAUGUUAUCUAAAGAUGAAUUGGGAAGUUUAUUACAACAGUGUUGCGGUAUCCUAGCAACAGAAGAACGUCUUUCUAUUGUGCUUAAAGAAAUGGAGGAACAGCUCAACAAAAUAGACAAUAUUGAUAAUAUUGUUGAGGAGGUGGACGAGGAGAAUAAAGAACCAGCUGACACUAAUUUACCUUCCAGGACCUCAUUACAUCAACUUAGACAAAGACUUCAAGACAUUAGUAAACAACAAAAGAAGUUGUCUCCAUAUGAGAAGCUUAGAGAAGAAAUUGUUGAUCAUUUUGAUGCUUUAUUUAGAAAAUACUUGAUAUGUCCUCUGAAUGUACCUCUACACGAGAUAUUCUACUAUAAUUCAUCCCGUACCAUUAAACAAUGUCUCAACGCCGCACCGAGAUCCGCUUUACAAAUGGCUCUCAGUAACCCACACUAUUAUCUACAGUGCGAGUGUUGUAUGACAGAAUCUGGUCAGAUCAAAUGCAUGAUGCCAGAUACAUGUAUAAUAUAUAAACUACACCUGGAGUGUGGGCAGCUCAUAAAUCUGUAUGACUGGAUGCAGGCAUAUUUAACCGUUGUUCAACCAGAUGAUGAUGAUGAUGUAUCUAAAGAGUCGGCUCAAGAACUACAGGCACGUUUCAUACAGGCAGUGUCGCAGCUACAGUUCCUUGGAUUUGUUAAACCAACAAAGAGAAAAACUGAUCACGUGGCCAGACUGACGUGGGGAGGAUGCUGAUUUUGAAAAAAAUGUUCAUAUAGAACAGUUAUAAAUGCACCUAGUGAUAAGAAGAAAAAAGUUGUUGAAAUAGAACAGAUUUAAAAUGCACCCAGUGAAAGAAUUUGUUUUCAUUCGUUAUUUAAUACAGCAAAUAAUAAUAAUAAUAAUAAUAAUAAAGAAAUUCAUUUGAUCUGAAAACGGUGUUGUCUUCAGAUCUGAUUAAAGGUGGCGGAAUGUAAAGUUUUUAACACCCAGGUAGUUUAUGACAUACCAGACUAGUGCUAUAAUAGGUUGAAUAUAAACUUGUCUAAGUGACACAAAAAUAGUGAAGUUAUUGCGUAUUUAGCUAUGUUGAUCAUAACUAUAAAUAGAUACAAGUAAAUUGUUAUUUUUAACAUUUUUUUACGUCUUAAGUUUAGGCCAUUGUAAAAGAACUGUUUAUGAUUACAUUUAUUGAUUUUGAAUCAUUUUCUCUCCAAUGCGGGUGUGCUAGCUCUGCCUUAAAUAAUGACCUGCAUGAGGCAUUUCGCCUCCAAUAAAACUGGGACCAUUACAGUUUCGGUGCAAUAAAAAACCUGUGGUGUAGAUUUUUUGCGCAAUUUCAAAAAUUAUCUGAUGAUGUCAUAAAAGAUUCAUUUAAAAAGCUAAUUUGAAUUCGCCCGACAAAGUAGAGAUUUUAAAAAUUAUAUCGACAUCUAACCCCCACCCCCCCUCACAAAU